CAACAAAAUCACUGAUUAACGGGAUGGAAUUGCUCUGGCUAAGUAGGCCCUCACACUCUCACAGAGGCUGCCUGCAGGACUUGGCUUGUGGCUCCUGCCUCUGUCUUCAGGGCAGGGCAGGGGGAGGUAGUUGGCAGCUUCCAGUCUCUUUCUCUGACUCCUGCUUCCAUCAUCCCAGCUCCUUCUCUGACCUGACCAUCUUACCUCCCUCUUGUAAGGCCUCUUGUGAUGACCUUGGGCUCACCCAGAUAAUUCUGGAUACUGUCUGCAUCUCGGGAGCCUUACCUUAAUCACAGCUCCACAAUCCCUUGUCUAUGGAAGCUCACACUUUCACAGAUUCUGAGGAGUGGAGUCUGGACACCUUUGGGACAGAGGCCCAGGAGGCAAAGAGGCCCUGAACUCUCUCUCCACCCGGCCCAAACUCUUAGUGUCCCAGGUUCCCCUCCCUGCUCACACUCAACAGCCUUUAUUGUGUUGAUCUUUGGGUUCAGGGAGGGCACACAGAGAGACCUCAAGAAACUGGGUUCUAUGUAGUUACAUUUGAUUCUCAAACUCCAGGGAAAGGAGGCAUUCGUUCCCUUUUUAUAAAAAGGAAACAUCCCUUUUUAUAGGGAUGACACUGCUUUGAAACUUUUUUUUUUUUUCACUUAAUUUUAAUUUAAUUAAGUUUAAAAUUUUUAAAUUCACUUAAUUUAAUUUUUUUUCACUUAGAUUUAUUGGAGAUAAGAAUGUCUAUCAAUACCUAGAGAUCAUCUGUUUCUUUUUUGGCUGGGAGAGUUUCUUCAUUCUGUGGGUAGUCCCUAGUUCAUUGAGCUGAUUCCCUAUUGAUGGUCCUUUGAUAUUCUAAAUAAGGCCGGGGUGAAUCCUCACACCCUUGACCUUUAGUAUUUGUGUCCUUGUCCUUUAGUAUUUGUGUAUCCUGGAGAUAGGUUCCUAGAUUGUGGUUGGCAGGGAAGGUGUAAAUGUUCCUGCAUUUUGCCUGCAGCUGGCAAUUUUCCUUCCUUAGGAAUUGGGUCCCAGCAGUGUAUGAGCGUGCCUUUCCAGACAGGCUUGCCAAGAGGAGAUGUGGUCCACUAGGUCUGUUGAUCUGACAGGUUUAAAAAAAAAAAAAAGUUAUCUGUGUAGUUGCCGGGUGCAUCUCUGUUAUUAUGAAUAAGAUAUAAGAUCACAGGAGGUUCGACCAAGGGUCGUGUCCUUGAAAUGGUCAUGGAGAAAACCAGAGGGUCCUGGGCCGAGGAGGAAAUGAGUCAGAGCGAGACCCUGUGCCUGUGAUCAGAGAGCGAGGGGCUGGGUAGUAAAAGAGAGAAAACGGAAGAUAGAUUUAUUUCACUACUGAAAAACACUGCAUCGGGUUUCCAUAGGGUAAGAAAGCGUCCAUAGAGUGGUCGAGCUGGAAGGGCAAGGCAGGCAUGAGACAGUCCGUUGUGUGCGGCUCCUCAAACAUCAGGCAGGACAGAGCCCAGAACAGAGCCGCAGACGCUGGCCUGAUACAGAACGGGGUCAGCUCCAAGUCUGUCACAGGAGGGAGGGCAGGAACUGUGCUACAUGCGGCCGCUGCGGAGGGGCUUACGCGAGCAGGUAGAGUUCCUCCCGUGAAGGUUACUCUGAGAAGUAGGAGGGAGGACCAGCUGCUGCAAGCCACGGUGUGUUUGUUACCUGUUGUCCCCGACAGAAUGUCCCAAACCUCAUUGACCGAAGACAAUAAUGAUCAUGUGUCAUCUUUCACGGUUUUUGUGGUUGGGGAACUCAGAGCAGCUCAACUAGAAGGUUCUAGCUCAGGGACUUUGAUGAGUUGCCGGCGGGAUGUCCGCUGGGGCUGCAGCGAUCCGAAGUCUUGCCGGGCGCUGAGGGUUCACUGCCAAGGAGGUUGGCUUCCAGGCCGGCACGCGGGUGCUGCUGUCGGACGGAGGCCUCAGUUCCUCUCCGAGUCACCUCCAGGGUACUCUUGUCAUGUGGAUCAGCCUGACCCAGGUGGGUGUGGACACCAGGAGGCUUGGGUCACCGAGGACCAUCUAGGAAGCUGGUUCCUCUGGAGGGAAGAGAGGAGGGCGUGUGGGGUGUAAAGAGGUGGGAGCAGGUGGGCGGGUGGGGAGCUGCACUGACCUACAGGGUGCCGCGCAGGGUCAAGGGCUCUGCGUGCUCGUGACCGUGUUGCCCUAGAGGUGGCGGCAUCAUGGCGCAGGCAGAGGUUUGGAAUCACGCCUGGUGGGAGCGCUGCUGGGCAGGCGUGAGUGGGGGUGGAGAGAUGAGGACGUGCGUAAGCGCGGGCUGUGAAAUCCAAGCUGGGGAAGCGGGAAGUGAGGACAGGGCUUGCCUGAGGAAGCAGGAGAGCAGCUGGACCGAGUCCUUUGUGUGGUAGAGAGACAUGGAGUGAACAAGGGUGCAGUCUGGGAGGCUGGGUUCAGAGAGACAUUUCUGAGCUGCUGUUCUAGAUGGUAGAAUGGGGUCAGGUGAAGACAGGGUCUAGGGUGGUGCCGAUGGAAGGUGUGGCCAACGUGGAUGGGGGCAAACUCGCAACACAGUGAGGGUCAUCCGCACGCCCUCUGAUGUCAUCUGACAGUCGUGGGACUGGCGGGGGAAAGACUGAUGGGAGGCAGGUGCCAGCAUGUCCAGUUGGUAAAGGGUCGUAGCUGGGACUGUGUGUGUGACAAGUACUUGGAUGGGAAGAACAUGCCCUGAGACUCAGUGAGCCUGAGGAUUCCAUGGGGGCAGCGCAGGCCUGUGCUGGUCGUACCGGUUAGGACAGAAGAGGACAAGUUCUGCCUUCACAUGCCCUGCGUUCAUCCCCUUCUGAGCAAAGUAAAGACCCAGGACUAGAGACCCCACGUGCGCUUCGAAGGAGGACACGGUGGGCAGGCUGUGACAGGUCCGUCCUCAGUAGCCUGGGGAGGGAGAGAGGCUGUGAAGGCUCCUAUUUCCCCGUUUCUUCCAGGACCUGGCCUGCGUGCGCGGUGGGGACAAGAGGAGGAGCAUCUGGGUUCUCUGUCUGAGUCCCAGGAUGGCAGCCGUGGUUCUGUCCCCCACCUGUGCUCAGCCUUCCCUGUUCUCAGCCUCUCCUCAAAAAGGAUGCACAGAGGAGGAAGGGUCAGUGCAUGGCUUCCUGACAAGCUGGUUACCGGGUAUCACGUUGAUAAACCCAGUCUGAUCUCCCAGUUGGAACAAGAAGACAAGGUGGUGACGGAGGAGCGGGGAAUCCUCCCAGGCUCCUGUCCAGAUUUGGACACAGUACUUAAAGCCAAAUGGUUAACUCCCAAGAAACAUGAUUUUAGAAAAGAACAUUCCAGUGGUAUAAAAGCGGAAAGAAAUCAUCUUGGAGUGAAACUCAACGAAUGUAACCAGUGCUUUAAAGUCUUCAGCACAAAAUCUAACCUCACUCAGCACAAGAGAAUUCAUACUGGAGAAAAACCCUAUGACUGUAAUCAGUGUGGCAAAUCCUUCAGCAGUAGAUCUUACCUUACUAUUCAUAAGAGAAUACAUAAUGGAGAGAAACCCUAUGAAUGCAAUGACUGUGGGAAAGCCUUUAAUGAUCCCUCUUCCCUUAGACUGCACGUGAGAAUUCACACUGGAGAAAAACCCUAUGAAUGUAAUCAGUGUUUUCAUGUUUUUCGCACUAGUUGCAACCUCAAAAGCCACAAGAGAAUUCAUACAAGAGAGAAUCACCAUGAAUGUAAUCAGUGUGGCAAGGCCUUCAGCACAAGGUCCUCCCUUACUGGGCACAAUAGUAUUCAUACAGGGGAGAAACCUUAUGAGUGCCACGAUUGUGGGAAGACCUUUAGGAAGAGCUCAUAUCUGACACAGCAUAUGAGAACUCAUACUGGAGAAAAACCCUAUGAGUGUAAUCAGUGUGGAAAAUCCUUCAGCAGUAGCUUUUCUCUUACUGUGCACAAGAGAAUCCAUACUGGGGAGAAACCCUAUGAAUGCAGUAACUGUGGGAAAGCAUUUAAUAAUCUCUCAGCUGUUAAGAAACACGUGAGAACUCACACUGGAGAAAAACCCUACGAAUGUAAUCAUUGUGGAAAAUCUUUCACCACUAACUCUUACCUUUCUGUGCACAAGAGAAUACAUAAUAGGUGGAUAUGAAUACAAUAACUAGGAAAGCAUUCGUUGAUUUCUUAAUUCUCAGACAACUGAUGGGAACUCACUAGAUGUAUGAGUUAGCUGUUGCUGUGUAACAAAUUUCCCUCCGAAGCACAGGGGCUUCAGACAACAUACGUUAAUUAUCUCACAGUUUCUGUAGGUCAGGGAUUUGGAAACGGCUUAGCUAUGUAGUUCUGGCUCAGGAUCUAUCAUGAGGUGAGGCCAAGAUGUGAGCUGGAGCAAUGCUCAUCUGAGUCUUUACUGCUGAAGAAUCUUCUUCCAAAAUGGCUAGCUCACAUGUCUGGCACGUUAAUGCCAGUUGUUGGCAGGGAACCUUCAUUACCUCACUCUCCACAGGGCUAUAAGUAUCUUCAUGAUGCAGCAGCAGGUUCCUCCCAAAGCAUUUGAUUAUGGGAGUCCUAACGCAGAAGCCACAUUGUCUUUUUCAACCUAGCCUCCGAAGAAUCUGUUAUCACUUCUUCCAGACUGUAUUGCUCACACAGUGGGGGAAGAAACUACACAGGGUAUGUAUAGUAGCAGACAGAUCAUAAGGAACCAUCUGAGAAGCUUGCCAUGAAAUCAGUGAAGAAAAGCCUUUAGCAGACUCUCGUUCUUUUAACCUAGUCUAUAUGAAGUAGCCUUUAAUAAGUCAUGUUAAUUCACUCUGGAGAGAAACGUCAUGCGUGCAAUCUUUGUGGUACGCUUGCAACUCAGACUUACCCCAACGUCCACAAAAGAUUACUUGCGGGGAGAAACCUGAAGAAGACAGUAGCUGUAGGAAAGCCUUCGUGAUAUUUCUAGGGAGUCGUGCAACAGUUCAGACUAAGGAGAAAACCUUAUGAAUAUCAUCAGAAUGCAGAAACCUUCAUGGACUCCCAUCACUGAGAGCACAUGUGAGAAAUCACUACUGAGGAAUAUUCGUAGAAAGAAUGUGGAAAACCCUUCAGCACAAGUGUUCGCAUUACCGAGCAAAAGAUGGGGAGAGAUUCUGAACACAGUUACUGUGGGAAAGCCUUGAAUGUCCUCUCAGUUUCUAAGAAGCAUGAGGAUUUAUCCCGGGGAGAGAGUCCUGUUGAAUGUCAUCAGUCCUGCAAAGUCAUUUUUCCACAUUCCUUAGGAAGCUGAGAAUUUCCUGCAGACACUUGUGAAUAUAAAGACCAAGGGAAUGCCUUGACAAAUACCUCCUACAUUGGGAAAAAUACCAAGUUUUCUCUGGAUGCAAAAGUUUGAGUGUAUUAAUUUUGAAAAAUCUUUUAGUGAUUCUUUGUUGAUUUGUGAGAACCUACAUUGGAGGCAAACCCUAGAAAAGUAAUCAGUAUGAGGAUGCCUCAGCUCUUUACUGAAUGGCCACAAAAUAAACUGGGAAUGGAAAGAAUAGUGAGUGUGGGAUUGCCUCUGUCAGUGUCUCAUACUAAGAUUAGGGCCACUAAUUCAUUAGUUUUAGUCUUUUGUUUUAGUAUAAACAUAUAUCUAUAGCUGUACCCUAAAAUAAACCUUAAGUUAUGUCCCAUAGUUUUGUAUGUAAUAUGUUUGCUAUAAUUUACUCUUUAAAAAUAUUAGUACAUAGCAUAUCCAGAAAGGCAUUUCUGAAUAUCUCCUGAGUAAAUUCUUUUAUCGUAGUGGAAAUUAAACUGUAUUUACUGUGUACUUUUCAUAGUUUAAAGGCAUUAUUGUCAGGUAAGUGGAGUUGAUGAUGUGGAUUCUUUUUUUACCUUUCUACCCUAGUAUGGCAUUUUGUUUAGCUUCUUUCCCAAUGUCCAUUGUCCCCUGCUUAUUUACUUUAAAAAAUGUUUUUAUUGUUGUUCAAGUUUUCAAUGAGCAGGAUUGAAAAUAAUCUAUAAGGCUUCUUUGAAGCCCAGAGGGGUAUUGCCUUACUCUCCUGACCAUAUAGAAGUAGGUAGAAGUCACUGGGGAGAACAUCAUUUGGCUUGUUUGCCUCAUCUAUAUCCUGUUCAUCUUGCCCGUUCUUUCUCUUGGAAAUGGACUCAAGGCCAAGAGUUGGAAGAGCUAUAUUUUUAUCAUAAUGACAAAAACCACAGUGCAGCAAAAAAUUACAAUGAUAUGGGCAUCUCCAAAACUUCUGAUUGGCAGUAUCUGCUCUGGACUGCUUGUUCCCAGACUUGUCCUUAUAUGAUUAAAAGUAACCUCUAACUGGUUGAAGCCAAAGUCCUUUUUUUAGUUUGUUUUUGAGGUGAUGUUCUGUUCCUGUCCAGCUAAAUGCAAUAUCUAACUGGUAAGCCUAUUAGUUGGUCACAUUUUAUUAGUGUUUCAUGUUUCUUUGAAAAUAAUGUUUAUUCUCUAAGUUUUAGAUGUAGAGUAUGUACCCAUAAACUCAAGCUAAUUGUGUUUUCAGAUACAGUAUGUACUUUGAGAUUUCUGUCCUCAAAUUUAUUUAGUGAUAGAUAUGUAUUAAAGUCUUGUGCUAUGGGUAUGGAUUAACA